AUGGCGGAAUACUUUGCCAGCCUUUGUUCUGGCCAGGAGUACUUUGAGACCAAGUUUGCUAAGCUGAAUGUAGAUGUUGCCAGGUACCUGCUGGAAAGGUUGAAGAUCCAAGUUCUUCCAGCUGUUUACUGCUUCAAGAAGGGCAUCAUAGUAGACAGGGUUAUUGGUUUUGAAGAGCUUGGCAGCAGUCAUACAUUCGUGACUGAAGUCUUGGAGAGUCGGCUAGGAAAGUCAGGUGUGAUAGAUGUACCUGAGGACCAGGAUAUUUCAAAGAAAACCAUAUUUGGAGCCUGAUCAGUGGGUAAAAAUCCUGGUGAUGAUGACAGCAGCGAUGAUGACUACUGAGCUUAUGGACUUAUUUGAUGCAUUUUAUACACAUAUUUUUUAUUAUUUAUUACAUUUAGUACCAUUAAAGUUAUCUUACACUUU